AUGUCGCCUCUCCUGAAAUUGCCUCUGGAACUCAAACUACAUAUCUGUCUCUAUCUAGACGCGGAAGCCAUCGUUGCCAUUCGCCAGACUUGCAAAGAGCUUUACACGCUCGAGAAAUCCUUCUACGACACCAUCUGGACUAACUGUGUGGACAGACUCUGUGAGGCGCACGAGCUGUUCGCUCCGACGUUCAAAUGGCGUCCAAUGUCUCCCAAAGGCCGAGAAGCCAUUGCCAGGAGGAUUGAUAUGAUGGAGCCAAUCCUCGAAAAGGCUUGGCAAGGGCCGUCUGACUCUGACCACUGCCAGGCCCCGCCGCCGAGCGAUGCCGUGGACCUUCUCUCUCGGGUGGACAACCCCGACGAGGAUAUUAGCUUCGAAUUUAUCGAGCUCCUCCCUGGGGGAAGGAUUUUGUUGCUCUUCAGCGCCAAUUUCCUGUAUGUGUGGGAUCUCGCGCCCUACCUCGACCAUCUCGCCACCCCUAUCGAGCGGAGAGUGCUUCUGCCUUGGAACUAUGCCCCCGAUACGCUCGUUCUGCCCGCUUUGGGUCCGGACAAGACCUCUGUGCGGUUCAUGAUCACGCUGGAACCUUUUCAUGGCGAGCUCCAGCCGCUUUACGCUGGCUGGGAUGUGGAGAGGCUGAGGAUCUUUCAGGUUAUGGAACUCUGUUUCGUCGAUGAUGGAGACCUUCACCUCGGCAAGAUUGGGCGCACCCUCCCUGUCUUCUAUCCGUUCUCUGAAAUGGACGCCGACUUCGACGAAGGGUAUCUCAAGGACCGCGAAGUUACGGAGGACUAUGUCUUGUUUCGAAUCCGGCGUAGGAUACUCGCGUGGAGUUUUAAGGAGAGCACGUACGCUGUUUGGGACCUCGUUGGCAGCGGUGGCGAUUCGGAGCGUAUCAGAUUCCAAAUCUCGAUGGCGGGGGACAGUGUACUGGUCUUCGAGGACGGUGAACUAACGGUAUACGAGAUGCCUCCAUUGAUCCCGGUCCCAGCGGGAGGUCAAGUCGUCGAUUUUACCCAACUGGGACCGACUCCAAUCGCUCGUCGGAUAUCGGUGCCUCUCCCCAAACACUCACUGGUCUGCGACGGCAAAUGCGAAGCGUGGCGCGGCUCCGCCGGCUACCUCACACCGCCAUACUACUACGUGCACCACAUCGACGUCGCAAAGGCGUGCGCCAAGACAGCGUGGUACCGCGUCGAUGUGGACUUCAGCUCGAGCCCGCCUGUACAGGUCACCGAGCUGGAGUGGGACGUGUCCCGCGAUUUGGAUGGGAAGGAGAGGAUUUGGGCGUUCAACAGGCCGUUCAAGGGAAAACUCGUCGCGACGUCUGUAUGGGGCUUGCCGUUGCAACCUGAUGGCGAGGGUGUGAUGCAGUCCUUGGGAGGACCGCAGAGUGCUUCGGUGUACAUCGCGGUCACAGCGCCGUCAACAUCUGAAGAGCUGAGCUCGCAGCCACCCGAAUCGAAAUCGCCGACAACCGUGACGAAGGGGUCCGGACUUCCAGUCCCACCGCGCGAAUCAACGCUGUUUCAUAUGGCGGAUGUGCAGGAUAUCGACGGAGAUUGGGACCACGAGGUUAAUUGUGACUUUUGUCCGCUUUCUGGGAUUCUUGUGGUUACGAGUCGGCGGUAUCGAGGCUCGCAGGUUCUCCCUGCGAAACGGAUACAGGUGUUCGACUUUGUUCGGCCGCGGCUGCGGUAG